CGGAAGACUUUAUUUAGCAAUUGCAUGCCAAUGUUGAUGAUACUAAAAUAUAGGAUCGACGACCCGGAUCAAAGCGACGACCCGGAUCAAAGUGUUCGGAGGCUUGUCUGAUCAACACUAUUACAUGCACAUGCAGCGACGAAACUGGCCGGCGAUAUAAAGCUUAACGUACGUUCGGGGCGGGUUGCUGGAGUACUGAACGUUGUAAAAGUACUCGAUCGAUCCAGUAGUAUUACGUACUGGGGUUGAGCAAAGAUGGAUGUGUUCUCAAAACUGAUCCUCUGGCUAGCUUUUCUGGGUAGUUUUAUCGUUUGCCUUGCAGAUGGGGAUGUACACUACUAUGACUUUGUUUUAAGGGAGAAAAAUUAUACGAGGUUGUGUAGCACGAAAAGCAUGUUGGUGGUAAAUGACAGUUUUCCAGGGCCAGUGAUUCGUGUUCAUAAAGGGGAUACGGUCUUUGUUAAUGUCCACAAUGAAGGAUCUUAUGGUGUCACCAUUCACUGGCACGGAGUAAAACAACCGAGAAAUCCAUGGUCAGAUGGUCCAGAAUAUAUCACACAAUGUCCAAUAGAACCAGGUUCAAAUUUCACAUACGAGGUCAUUUUUACUACGGAGGAAGGAACUCUUUGGUGGCAUGCUCAUAGUGACUGGACCAGAUCUAGCGUCCAUGGCGCCAUUGUUAUCUACUCGCCGGAUGAAACAACUUAUCCAUAUCCCAAGCCCGAUGAUGAAGAAAUUCUCGUACUCGGAUCAUGGUAUCUUGGAGAUGUUAACAAGUUAGUAGAUGAGGAUCUCCAAACGGGUGCAGAUACACCGCGUUCAAAUUCUUAUGUGAUCAAUGGCCAACCGGGAGAUUUGUUAGAAUGUUCUCAAGACUCGACGUACCGUUGGGUGGUUGAUUAUGGCAAGACAUAUCUAGUUCGGAUAGUCAAUGCAGCCAUGAAUGCAGAACUCUUCUUUGCAAUUGCAAAUCAUAAUCUCAUAGUGGUAGGAAUGGAUGGAAAUUACGUGAAGCCCAUAAACACAGAUUAUGUAGUGAUAAGCCCUGGACAAACCAUGAACGUCCUGCUCACAGCGAACCAGUCUCUGGGCCAUUACUACAUUGCCGCUAGACAGUAUGACAGUGCCAGGCCGGAUGUCACAGAUUAUGAUCAAACCAAUGCAACGGCAAUUCUUAUGUACAGUGGCAAUUAUACUACCCCCAACCAUCCUGUCUUCCCUUCCAGCCUGCCUACCUACGAGGACUUCAUUGCUGCUGACAUGUUUUUGGACCGCCUUAGGAGCUUAGCAAGCGAAGAUUACCCUGUAGAUGUCCCACUAAACGUAACAACCAAAAUGUAUAUCACAGUUGCAAUGAACCAGAUUCUCUGUCCAAAUGAAUCCUGUGAGGGGAUCAAUGGCAACAGGCUUUCUUCAAGCUUAAAUAACAUCAGUUUUGUGAACCCGAGCACUGAUGUAUUGAUGGCCUAUUACAGGAACUUGAGUGCUGGAGUAUACACCGAUGAUUUUCCAAACUGGCCACCAUCUAUGUUUAACUUUACUCAUGAGGAUUUGCCGUUUAACACCACAGUACCAAUUCAGGGGACCAAAGUUAAGAUGUUGAACUAUAAUGAAGAGGUGGAAAUAACAUUUCAAGGGACAGAAGUAUUGAAUGCAUCAGAGAAUCAUCCAAUGCAUGUGCAUGGUCAUAGCUUUUACGUGGUUGGAUCAGGUUAUGGCAAUUUCAAUAAUGAGACUGACCCCAAAUCCUAUAACUUGGUUGAUCCACUUGAAGUGAGUACUAUAGGAGUCCCAAAAAACGGAUGGGCUACCAUCAGAUUCAAAGCAAAUAAUCCUGGAGUAUGGUUUUGGCACUGCCAUUUAGAUCGACAUCUUAGCUGGGGGAUGAACACUGUAAUGAUAGUGAAGAAUGGUGGCACUCCUGAGACAAGUAUUCGCCCACCCCCUCCAUAUAUGCCCUCUUGUAAUGUACCCUACCUCACUUGGAUUGAAGAUUUCGACGAUUCUAGUCGCGAAGAUGUAUAUUAGUUAUUAAUUAUUAAUUAUUAAUUAUGAGCUAUGCGCACAGUGGGCAAAUAUGUUGGCCGGUGAUCUGUUGAUUUUCUCUAGAUUGAUCAUACU